UUACCUCGGUACCGUGAAAAACUUCUUUCAACCAAUAUUACAUACCAUUUCGAUCGGAUUGUUUCCGUGACUGUCAGCCAUAAUGAGAAAAUAAGACUCUUUUAGAACGAAAGAGGGAAAGAGAACGAGAGAAAGAAAGGGAGACAACAGAGUUGAUUGACACGUCCCUGUGGUUUUAUAAACUCUUACAGUGCGUAGUAUUUUCUCUAUCGUAGAUUAAAUUUCUUUGUUUCGGUAUUGUUUAUCUACGUUUAAUCUCGUCAGACUGCAUUAAUGUUUCGUUUGUACGGUUUGUCGUUUCGCUGUCGUAAUCGAAUUGUCAAAGAGAAAAUAAGUGAGGUUAUGAACGUGUCGGCCAAUAAUGUUAAACUUUGAUGGUGUCAUUGAGUAACUAGUUAGUCAAACAAAUAUCACGGUUUAUUCGAAAGUACAUUUGAUAUCGUGCUACAAAGUGCAUCCGUUAUUUUAAAGUGAAAACGUGUAAUUGAAGGACAAGAAUGAAACAUACCAAUGAAUAAUGUAUUAUUUCGUAAGGGAAAGUAUCUAACGUGUGAAGUAUGUUGAGAAAUACUCGCAUGAUAAUAUGAUAAUACUAAGUGCAAAGUAUUUAGUAGAAUCCUCAUUUUGGAAAAUGUUUGUAAAUGCUGAAAUAUUACAAACGCAUCUCUGAGACAAAUCAACAGAACAAUGGCAGAAAGUGAGAUAGAAAACAAUGAUUUUAAGAAAAUAGUGGACAUGAAAGAAACAAUAAAUGAUACAACUACGUCCACAAAUGUAAUGGAAGAUAUCGAGAAGCAAACAAAAAGUAUUUCUAGUAAAAAUAUUUCAGAAGAAGACGAUUCUUGCGAAAAAGACUUUGAAAUAAUUAAUAUUAUCGAUGUUAAAAAACAAAAAAAGGAGACGCGUCUUGAAGAUUCAAAAACGCCCGAGAAAGUCACGUCCGAAAAUGAACAACAUUCUGAGGCUUGUCCGGAAGAAGAAGUAUCAUCGGACACAAAACAAAAAGAAAUAGACGACAAAACUGAAAAAUCUAAACAAAUUGAUAAUUCAGAUGCGAAAGCUAAAGAUACACACGAUGCAACUUAUGUUCUGCAAGAAGAAGAAACACUGAACGAAUUAUUGAAAGUGGUGCACGAGAAUCUAAGUUCAAACAAUGCUUGCGAGUCUGAUGGAGACACCAAAGAUUCGAAAAAAGAAGAUAACACCAAUAAUGAAGAAACUAAAGAAAAAGUUGAGGAAAAAUCGGAAAUAGAAAAUAUUGCGAAGGACGUUACAAGCUUCGAGACAAAUGUUCCUGUGGAAGAUGAAACUACAAAACUGAAAGAAGAUUCUGAAACAAAGCAUUCUAUAGAGACGGUAGAACAUAUGGAAGUCGGAAUAGUAGGACCACCUACAACUGUUAGCGAACUCAUAAAUGAAGAAUUGAGGGCAGAAUCUGCCUUGUCGACUAAUCAAAAAGUUCAAGAUCACGUAGCAGAAUGGGUUCAAAAUUCUGCUAAAGCCGAAGAAUUAGUUGUAGAAGAGGAUGAAGAAGAAGAAACUCCUAUUCGUGAGAUUCAACAUGAAACAAAAAAUCUUAGGGAAAAGAGGACCAGAAAGAAGAAAAGUAACGACGUUCUUGCCUUACCAACUAGGAAAUCUCAAAGAAUUGUUAGCAACAUCAUCAAAAAGAGUAUUAAAUGUUUGAACAAGAUGCACGCGAUGGAAGGUACCGCCGGAAACGGGAAGAAGGUGGACUCAGCCGAGAAAACAAGGGAAGACGAUUCGUCGAGGGCUUCGCCGAAAGUACCGCAGAGCCAGCAGAAUGGCGCUGCUCUGCCGGAGGAAACCGCCGCGGCGCCCGCGACGGUGGAAUGUCUCCGAUCUUCAUCGAUAAAAAAGGAACCUCUCUGUGAUUCGGAGUCGGAGGCAACGACCAAGACCAACCUGUCGUCCGCGGAGACAGCGCAACAGAAACCCGUGGCUUCGCGUUGCCCGAAAACCGAAACUGAAGGCGUCGGCAUCGGUGGCGGGAGAAAACGAAAGUCAACGGACGGACAGUUGUCCUCGAACGGGAAUUCCACCCCGAAGAAGUCUUGCCUCGAACAGAGGGAGCAAUAUAUAACGUCUCUUGUUGGCUGUGAAAAAGUUACCGCGGAAGAACUUGCCGCGAGGGCUGAUCAACUUCGAGCCGAAGUCCAGGCCUUGGAUGAGUUAGCACGUGCCAAAGAAAUGGAAUGGAACGAAAUCCUGAGCAUGAGAAAGCUCAAGGAGGAGGCGUACCUGAGGAUCGAAAGAAGGAGGCAAGUAAUGGGAUUCAUGGAAGGCAACGGACAGCUGUCGGAUACGUUACCACCAGCGAGCUUGGCCCUCGGACCCGAAUGGGAGAGUAGCGGUAACACGACUCCCGUAUCCAAAGAAAAAUUGAACUUUGACUCAAAGGAGGAUUUGCCCGAGGAAAGCUCGCGGGACUCGCCGGCUUUUAAAAAAGAGAAACUCGGGAAACAAUCAUCGCAACGACAAUCUACGCCUCCUAAACAAGGUGGAGAAAAUGGUCGGAAACAAACUGAGGCGCUCAGUCCAGAAAACAGGCAGAUCGGCGAGGGCCGUCAAGGUGCCAUCGUUGAUGUUAGGUCCAUUAUCGCUGAUUACAGACUGAGGCACCCUGAAACAGUUCCACGCAGGGGUCGCAGAAUGAGAAAUUCGGUGAACGUUGGCCUCGGAGCUGGUGGAGCCAUGGUUGAAACAGGGCACAGCGUUGAUUCAAGGCCAUCUAGUACAGAUUCUUGUAAAAGCAAUCCGAAUAUGUCAGAUCCUAAUUCCAUGAGCUUCAAGGAUGUGCUUGUGCAGUUUGCUAAAUUGAGCCAACAGCAAGGUGAACCCGUGAAAACGCCUCAAAAUUAUCCGGAUGUGACGCUUCAUCCCGUUGCACCGUCCCCGGCACCGCCAAAUACUCCACCUCAACAGAGCUGUUCGUUGCUCCAUGGAAUUCUCACGAAAUCACAAUCUCCAAGACCUACAACUUUUUCACCUACUUUAGCUAGAUUACUCACCGCACCUGAAAGAGAAAGGAAUGCACCAUCAGCCGCGUCCAUGCCACAGCAAAGUGCGGCAACCCAGCACCUUUUGCAGGCAUAUCAAGGUUCUAAUCCGGUUUCUAUCAGCGACCUUCUGUCUUCUUCCAAGGCUCGAACGGAAAUAACAAUAACACCGGUUGUCAAUACCCCGGUCCAAUCUCACUCGAAUAAUCUAAUUCACGUGGACGACGUUGAAGAAGAAUCAGCAGUGAUCGAAGAUAGGGAGACACGCAUUUCCUCGGGUGGAAGGGAUGGCAGAGAGGACAGGGAUAGCCCUCCACGAUGUCAAGGGUGUCGUGAACGUGCAGCCCAGUUCGUGUGUGCUGGCUGCGGAAAUCAAUGGUACUGCAGCCGCGAAUGCCAGGUUGCUGCAUGGGACGAACAUUCAGAAGUGUGUUCUGGCUAAAAAAGCGAACGCGUAUCGAUUUAAACAUCGUACUCGUGGUAUCGGGUUAAAUACCUAUUCAACUGAGAAUGAAUCUAGUCAAAAAGGAACGGCCAAGAAAAUAACUUGUAUUGAGUACGAUAAGACGAAAGGAAAAACGUUAAGAGAACAGUGUAUAUUUUUAAGAAUCUUCAAAUAUGUUUAACCUGUAAAUGGAUAAGUUUUAUUUCAUGAAAGAAGAGAAUCGCUAAGUUAACAGCGAAAAGCAUUAAACUUCGGGCAGUUUGACGAGAAAAGAUCGGGAUUCGAGUUGAAACGGUCGUUGCUUCACUGUAAUCGUCGCGUUGCUUUUAUUCGUUAUCAGUACCGAACGAGCAAGAGUCUUCAUCGAGACCAAUAGAGCGAGUAUUAACCCUGCUGAAAUUAAGCAUUUAACGUGUAUCUUCCAAAGGACAAAUUGUUCAAGGGAUUCCUAAUAUAAUUCAUGUUGGAUAUAAACAUUCGUAACAACUUCAUGUAUCAGAUACUUUUUUAGAUUUUAACCAACGCAUGACGUACAAUGUACGCUAGUCGAGAGAAUUUUCAACUUUUUCCAACAAAAAAAAAAGAAAAAAAAGGAAAGAAAACAGGCCAGAAAUAGCUGGCGCGUACGCUUGUAACGAGGAACAAAGCACAAAUGCUAUAUCUCGCGAUGCUGUAUAUAAUUUUAUACAUGUUAGCAGGGUUGUUCAGCGUCAGAUUUUCAAAAGUUGGUUAACCGUGUGCCAUGCGUAAAAUUCGUCUCAUGGUCAGCUUCAUAUUUUGAAAAAGAUCUAUGUUAUAGAUUACUUGAGUGUUUUUAUAAUCCUGUCACUUUGUUUCGUCUCUCUCUUUUCUUCCAUUUAAUACCGUAUACACUAUGGUAAAACGACAUCGCAUUUAAUGACCACAAUGCGAGAUACACACGGACAUUCAGCCUUCAUGUAUUUUUGUCGUUCAUUGAAGAGAGGAACGUAUAAUGCGUACCUAAUACCAUAUUUUAUACCACAUUUGUUACCAACGUGUAAGUCUAGAAUUAACGAGGCGUCAGCCUUAGCGUAGGUUUAAGCUACUUCUUUUUCUCUUAAAUCUCUUUCACAACUUGUUCGUUGGUAACGUAUCGACACGUUCUAAGUUCAUUCAUUUUUUUUUCUAAUUAGCAUGUUACCCAAACGACAAUUGUCCCAGACAUAAUCUGUAGCCCAAAGUUCCUACAGGUACACGCAACAUUAUAUAUAUUUUUCCCAAUUACGAAG